AUGCCGAGUAACCCUACAGAAUAAGUUAGACGAUUUGUCAAUCUAUUGCUGACCUCAGUGAACAGACAAAGAAAAUGUGUUAAAUGUAAUGUGCCUUCCAGCUCGGUAUCUGUAAGGUAAUCGACGGUUCGUGCUAGCUAAUCUAAACCUCUUCGAAAUUCGAACGCCUACUGAAUUGCUUCCGUUGGUGAAAUGUCACUUCCGGUAGUUUUGCGACGGCGAUGCUGUAUACUUUCAAGCUAACAGGAGUGCUAAGGAAAGCUUCAGAAAGCAUACAAUUACGUUUGUUAGUUUUCCGGUGAUUGUAGUUGACGCAAGAAAAUAUUGUUGUGCUGCCAUUGAAAUAAAUUGCACCUACCUUUUUUUUUUGUCAUUUAGCUCGUAAUGACCGGUGGCGCUCAUUGUCAUCUGAGCUUUAGCAAUGCUCUCAAAUGACUAAUACAUAGCUAGUCUAGCACAGUAGCGUUUAUUCACCAUUUCCAUCUCAGUAUUUAUAUUAUUCAUUGGUCGAGUUUUCUCUUCCUGACAUUUACGUAGUGACAACUGUGGUUUUCACAAACUGCGUAUUCUCCGUCUAAAAACACCUAGAAUUAGCCGCAUGUGCUGUCUUAUUGACCCCAAAGGUUUACUCCUUGAAGGGCGGACUUAUUUCGCUUAGCAAGUCAAGACACUAGAGCGUUUUUAUCUCCCAAUUUUCUUUCAUAUUUUUUGGCACGAUGGCUUCCUCUUCCGGGAAUGACGAUGACCUCACCAUUCCCAGGGCAGCUAUCAACAAAAUGAUCAAAGAAACUCUGCCCAACGUGCGGGUAGCCAACGACGCCCGGGAACUGGUAGUGAACUGCUGCACGGAGUUCAUACACCUUAUUUCCUCCGAGGCUAAUGAAAUUUGCAACAAGUCCGACAAAAAGACUAUAUCUCCAGAGCACGUCAUUAACGCAUUGGAGAGCCUCGGCUUUGCAUCAUAUAUCACUGAGGUAAAAGACGUGUUGCAGGAAUGUAAAACUGUUGCUCUAAAGAGAAGGAAGGCCAGUUCUCGUCUGGAAAAUCUGGGCAUCCCUGAAGAAGAGCUUCUCAGACAGCAGCAGGAACUUUUUGCCAAGGCACGGCAGCAGCAGGCGGAGCUAGCUCAGCAAGAGUGGCUGCAGAUGCAGCAGGCGGCCCAGCGGGCACAGAUGGCGGCAGCAUCAUCCAGUGCCUCUCAACAGGCCGGUUCCUCUCAGGACGAAGAAGAUGAUGACGUGUAAGAAUGGACUCUGUCUAGCACCUACGAGAUUGGCGCUGUGUUAGAGGUGCAUGUUUCACCUCUGUGUGAAGCAAAUCGGUGAAAUACAGGAAAUGUACGUUUUCAAACGGACACUGACGAGAAUUUAAGAUGGGAGAUUUUUUUUGUUUUUUUUGUUUUUGUAUUUUAAACUGGCCAAUCAAAAAAUAGGCUUGUCAUUUACCAUCUCCCCCACCUUACUUAAUUUUGCUUCUGUUGAACUGUAUUCACAUUCACAGUGAGUGUUUUGGGAUUUGCAUAUGUCAUUUUCUUCUGCAGUUCUGCAUUUUCUUCUGCAAGCUCAUUUAUAGGGGAUGUGAAUGUUUUUCUUACGUGACCUUUUAUAGCCAUUCUAAACCAAUGAACCUUUGAAUCAAAAAAACUGUAAUGUAAAAUGUUGACACGUGUUGACCUAUCUGCAGUAUUUGUAAAAACCUGUGUUAUUCAGGAGCAGGGCAUUUCUGUCUCAUAUAUCCAAAUACAGAUGACGGACUAAAAAGCCUUGUGUAAGUGAGAUGUUUUUCUUGCUAAAGGGUGUCGUUACGGCCGUGAUAUUUGCUGCCUACACCAGGAUGCUUUUUAUUUCCUCUGUGCACUGUUACACAUCCGUAGAGUAACUAAGGUUAAUCAUCUGUGCAGACGAGUGAUCUUGUCGCGUACAACAUCCAUUAAGGUUUUAUUCUUUGAGCAAUAAACAGAUAUAAAAAAAUGUGUUUAUUUUAAUAUUCACUUUCGAAAUAAAAGAUAUUAACUUGU